AUGACUUCAUCAAAAGAAUUGAUGCAUCAGCAAACAUCUCAUAAGGAGCUUAUGUUUCCUCCCCAUGAAGAAGAAGAACAUGACAGAUCACCUCUCUCUCUUGAUGACAUCCCAUACGAUGUCGUGUUUCGCAUUCUUGUUGCGCUUCCAACGGAAUCCGUCUGCACAAUAAAGUGCGUGUCGAGAUGGUUGUAUGAGCUUCUGUGCUCUCCCUACUUUGUUCGAGUCCAUUUUCUCACGACGCCUUCGCACCCCUCAAACUGUGUCGCUUUGAUCUCCAUAUACUCAGGUUGGUUCUUCCUGUCCAUCUCGAGUUUCAUAAAUGUCAAACCCAAGAGACUCCGACUGGUCAAGCCACCAGUUGGAGAGCGUUUGUUGGAGCAUCCAAUCACCAGUAAUGGUGUGGUGUGCUAUAAGGCCUAUCCAGACUAUGCAACCACAAUAGUCUACAACCCUGCAACUAAUAAGCGCGUAAGCGUCCGAAAGUUUGAUUCGUAUCAAAGUAUUAGGGCAUUUUUUUUCGACCCAGCAACUGAAAAUUUUAUGAUAUUAGUGCAAACCUCAGAUUUCGGGCACUCCGGGUAUUCUAUAUUCAAUUCUGCUAUAGGACUAUGGAAGAGCAUUGCUAAUCCAUUCCAACUCACAUAUGAGGGUUCAAUUUUGUGUGUCGAUAGCGUGUGCUACGUAUUAGAAAAAUUCAUCAGGUUCGACAUGUUCGCUUUCAACAUGAUAUCUGAAGAAUGGGUACGAAUUCCUCUUCCCUGUGAUUCAUGUCCCACCUGUUUUCGCAAAUUGAUCGAAUGGGGAGGCCAGGUGUGCCUAGUUCUUGAUUCUGGAUCGCGAGAUUUGAAAAUAUGGAAGUUAAGGGAGGAAGAGAGGAAGUGGGAGAAAUUGAUUGAUUUGCACCUUGAGAAAAGAUCCAGAAUUCCAAGCGGUACGUUGAAGAUGGAGAGAUUCUCUAUAAUUCCAUAUCGUCAACAAUCUUUGUUCAUUGUUCGAGGCAUGAACGCAAGCAUCGAGGUUGAUGUAUAUGACAUCGGCAACAAGACAUGGGACUUUUCUCGGAGAUUCUUUUGGCGUCCCCGAGUUCACGAUCUCGCAUGUCCUCAAAUCUCGCCUUUUGCACCAACAAUCUUGCGUUGCAAAUAG